UGAUCAAAAUCAGAUUUUUCACUGCUCAUGCACCAUAUUUUACUAUAUCAAAGUGAAAGUAACACAUCAAUUGUAUAGUCAUGACCUAAUCCACUCAGUGAUCUAUGUACCUGAAUGUGGAAGAUCUCCGACCAGAUCUUUUGACGUUUUUUCCCAACUGUCUUGGUGUUUUCCAAGGUCACGAGAUUCAAGUGUGGAGGAGUGAGCUCUGAGCUUCAUCAACACAUGAUCCAACAUGGCUCGAGGCCUUCCCCCAGUUGUUUCUCCGUUCCUGGACUGCACCAUUCUUCGAGGGAAGAACCCACCUUCCCUGGAAUUUCAUCACUCCGAGUAUGAGCCUGCACCAACCCUGAUCCACAACCCGAACUAACCUGAAAACACUUCCAGAAAACCACUACCACGGCCACCCUCAGGUUCAAAGUUCAAACCGAGCAACUCAAUGCCUUAAAAGAGCUGGCAAAUCCGGGCGCCAAGGAAUCCAAGGUCAGGUACAGCACAUACCAGAUCCUGACGGCCCACAUUUGGCAAUGCAUGAGCAAGGCACGAGCCUUGCUGAUGAUCAAACGACGAGGCUGCACAUGUCGGCUGAUGGUAGGUCGAGCUCUACUCCACUUGCCACUGUUGGGGAGCUUGUUCAGGAGCCAAUGUUUAGGACCUUGGUGAGGAUUACGCAGUCGAUCAACAGGACGGAUGACAAGUACUUGAGGUCCGCUAUAGAUUACUUGGAAGACCCUGAUGACCCAGCUAGUGUGAUGCGUUCCAGGGACCUGUCAAUCCCCUUUUGAGUAUGCUGAUUUCGGGUGGGGGAAGCCGUUGUGCCCUGCAAAUUUGUUCAAAGGGAAAGGAAACCUUCUCUCCAAGAAUGCUGAUGGGAGUCUUUCCCUGGCGAUUUUCCUUGAGGAGGAUGCUAUGGUGGAAUUUCAGAAGCUGGUUCAUGAUGUUGGUAGUUGUUGAUGAUCAUUGCUGUAAGUACCAUGGUUUCAAACUUGUAAACCUCUAUUCCAAGGAAGUUUCAACCAUCUCCAUCAACGACAUCAGCUGCAGAGAGAGCAACAAAAAAAUCGAACCCAACCAUGGAAUACAAUUGACAACAAGUGAUCUAUACUCCAAGGUCCAUCCACAAACUUACUACCUUAGCAAAUUAACAGCAUUAGAAAGAGUCAGAAGGAUUCCAUUCAACAAGCUCCAACACUACUCUGUCAAAAUAUCAUCACACGCAAGACUAAGGUGAACAAUACUUUAUGAAAAAACUGUUAGAACAACAAGGCCCUCAGAUACCAUAGUACUGUCCAGUAGUAUCAUGAGUGCGGAUUAUGCUAAUGGCAGUUCAUAGAAGUCCUCUCGCACCACCAUAAGACAUUGGAACAGUGUAUGUUGCUGGGAAAAGAGAUCGAUGAUGAUUAGGAGAUGGAUAGAUAGAUAGAUAUAUAGCUAGACAGGCAGCAUCCAUGGCUGUGUUUGUUUCAUGAGAGAGAGAGAGAGAGCUAAUGGUAGUGCAAAAGGACUAGCUAUGAACUGAACCAUGCAACCCUCCUCAGUAAGUUACAUUAUCCAUCACUGGGCAAAAUUAACAUAUGAUUCUCGUUAACAGAAGGUCAUUAGACCACCACCCUUGCUUCAAACAAGAAAGACAGGAAAAGGGGGCAAAACACAAUUCACUGCAAUUGCCUCAGAAGCUCACAAUCUCUAUCACCUUGAAACUAGUUCUCUAUUACCCAUUUCAGCACAUAUUCAAAGAUGAAUCCUUUAGUAUGUUAACAAAGCAUGCAUUCAUUCCACGGCAGCAUACAGCAAUACUACUACUGCAGAUCCACACUUUUUCCUAUUCAAAGAUACACCCUUUAACUUAAACCCAAUAAGCAAGAAGCUAAGAUCAUUCAAAUGGUGAAAAAUUCAAAACCAAACAUGCCCUCAGAUCCUUCCAAUCUAUGAGAAUUUUCAACUGAUGGAAAUUGCUUUUUUUCUCUUCUCACUUUUAUACUUCCCCCAUUCGUGAAAACCACUGCAGCCACCAGCAAGGGUGAGGGCAGCUGCAGCCGCUAACAACAAGAAGAGGAACCAGUGGACAUGAUGAUGAUCAUAAUAAUAACAAUAAUAAUAAUGAUGGUAACAGUAGAAAUCAUGGCGCAUCGGAAGAGAAGAAGAAGAGGAUUAGGGAAUGGGGGAGAGCUCAAGAGCAACCAUGCAAUCUCAUCAUUGGGCAGAUUUAGUGAAAAUAAACUACAAAUCAAUGUAUCCAAUUACUAGAACUACUUCUCUCGCCACCGCGCAGCGGUGAAUCACUGCGGCCGAGGCGUGUCCGGACUCCGAUGGAUCAUGCGGUAGCGACUGAAGGCCGGCGGCGGAGAAAAGUUCGUCGGAAAACUGUUCGAUAAAGAAAUCGAAGCAGACAAUAGGAAGAGGGGAAAAAUGGAAACCAACACCAGUAAAAGUAUUAACAUAGA